AUACAAAUCUACUGUCGCUUCCUCUCAAACUCACAGAUGAGGGCCACAGUUCAGAGAGUGGCAUCUGCCAGUGUUGAAGUGGAUGGCCAACUCGUGUCGACUAUUGGGCCGGGCCUCUUAGUCCUCAUCGGAAUUCAUGAGUCCGACGUUGACACCGAUGCUGAUUAUAUAUGCCGUAAAGUGCUGAACAUGAGAUUAUUUCCUAACAAAGAGACUGGGAAAACAUGGGAUCAAAGUGUUGUUCAGAAGAAUUAUGAAAUCCUAUUAGUGAGUCAAUUUACGUUAUAUGGGAUUUUCAAGGGAAAUAAACCAGACUUUCAUGUAGCAAUGCCACCUGAUAAAGCAAAACCCUUUUAUGCAGCGGUGGUGGAAAAGUUCAGAGUAGCUUACAAGCCAGAUGCUGUCAAAGAUGGCAUAUUUGGCGCUAUGAUGAAGGUGAACUUGGUUAAUGAUGGUCCUGUUACAAUGCAAAUUGAGUCACCGCAGCAGACAAAAUGAAUGCAUAAAUGGCAUGGAACUUCUUUACAAGACAUUCUUGACAUAUUCAUCUAUCUUAUCAUGUAUUCAAGGAAAUUUUCGUUGUAGUGACCAAGAAGUCAACUAGAAACGAACUCAAAAGUUGUAGUCCAUCAUUUUCCCGUUGGUCUGACUACCACUAAUAUAACGAAGCUUAGCUUCAAAUUAAGUCUGAGGAUAUAAUCAAUGGUCGACUGGUAGAAUAAACUUAUUUAUCUGGAGUAUUGAAUUAUUGAAACCAUUUAUUAAAUAACUUAUUGAACAUAAUAUCUAAAAUGAC